AUGCUGGCCCAAAUUGCUCCGCUUUUUGGUGCCCUGUCCAUUACCUUCCUAGUUCUACAGUACCUCCAGCGACUGUAUCAGCAGCGCAAGCGAGCUCAAUCUCUUGGAUGUCAGCCUGCUCCUCAAGGGACAUCAGGCAUCUUUGGAAUCCGAGCAUUUGUACGGUUGCUCAAUGAAGUCAGGCACAAACGAUGGGUUGAAUAUCUUGCCGGGCAGUAUGGGCGGUUCGGAAACACUUAUACCCAGAAGGCUCUAGGUAAAUGGAUGGUGUCUACCAUUGAGCCGGAGAAUAUCAAAGCUCUGUUGGCAACCCAAUUCAACGAUUUCGCCCUGGGAACCAGACACCGUGAAUUCUACCCUUUACUUGGGGACGGAAUCUUUACUCUUGAUGGUGCCGGCUGGUCUCAUGCACGUGGGCUGCUACGGCCUCAAUUCACGCGGGACCAGGUGGCUGACCUAGAGCUCAUGGACGGUCAUAUCUCCCGCCUGAUUGAUCUCAUUCCCCAGGAUGGUUCGAGUUUUGACAUUCAACGUCUGUUUUUCCUUCUAACAAUCGACUCGGCCACGCAUUUCCUGUUUGGAGAAUCGGUAGGCGCUUUGGAAUCUUCCAACAGCGAGAGUCUCUUAGGAAAAUCAUCCGUCGGAAAUGCACAAGGAUUCGCAGAGGCAUUCGGUACUGCCCAAGAUUACCUGACACACCGCUCGCGUGCUAUGCAUUUCUACUGGAUGGUCAAUCCUAAAGAGUUCCGUGAAGCCAAUAAGCGCGUCCACGAGGUCGUUGAUCAUUAUGUCCAGCUUGCUAUUCAAUCCAAGAACAAUCCGGACAAAAAGUCCGAUAGAUAUAUUUUUGCGGAGGCCUUGGCUGCAGAUAACGAUGAUCCAAAGGUGCUGAGAGAUAAUAUGCUCAACAUUCUCGUGGCUGGUCGUGAUACCACGGCUAGUCUGCUCAGUUCUACAUUCUUCUACUUGUCACGCAACCAGGAAGUUUGGAAAAGGUUGCGACAAACCAUCAUCGACGAGUUUGGAGAUAGCCAAAACCCAAAGGGAGAAAUUACACAAGCAAAACUCAAGGAUAUCCCAUAUUUGCGAUAUGUGUUGAACGAGGUUCUCCGACUAUUGCCCCCCGUUCCUCUGAAUUUCCGUGUUGCUGCCAAGGACACUUCUCUACCAGUUGGAGGUGGCCCUGAUGGAAAAUCCCCAAUCUUUGUUCCAAAGGGACAGGUUGUCGCAUACAGUGUCUACGCUAUGCACCGCCGUACAGACUUUUAUGGACCCGAUUCCCAUUCGUUCCGACCAGAACGCUGGGAGGAAAAUGGCAGACGCGGUUGGGACUAUCUUCCAUUCAACGGAGGCCCUCGGAUCUGCCUUGGUCAGCAAUACGCACUCACAGAAGCAAGCUAUACCCUUGUCAGGUUAGUCCAACGCUUUGACACCCUCGAGUGCGCCGACCCAGAGUUGAAACAGCCCGUGAUCCUGUCUACCCUCACCAUGUCUCAUGAUCGGGGUGUGAAGGUCAGACUGUCUUCCUCGGCGCAGAAAUGCUAA